GGCCUUAAUUCGUCCCAUCGAAACUUCCCUGUUCAACACACACCUCUACCACCUCCGAAGAUUUAGCAAGCAUGGCUCGAAACAGUGAAAAGGCCCAAUCAAUGCUAUUUCGCUUUCGCGAGCAGCAGGCGGCGGACCUAGGAAUUAUCGAUGCUGGGCGAACACGCCGCCCAAAAGUAAUAACAGAAGUAACCGCAAUCCCAGCAUGCGAGAAAUGGCGCGGGCAAGUAGUCAAAGACAUUUCCCGCAAAGUCACAAAAAUCCAAGACCCCAGCCUCUCAGACUAUCAGAUCCGCGACCUAAACGACGAAAUCAACAAACUAAUGCGGGAGAAGCACAUGUGGGAGGUGCAACUCCGCAACCUCGGCGGGCCAAACUACAUGCGCUUCGGCCCAAAAACCUACGAUGAGGACGGCCGCGAAGUGCCCGGUUCUCGUGGUUACAAAUACUUUGGCCGUGCGCGGGAACUGCCGGGGGUUAAAGAGCUCUUCGACGAACUCAAGCCCUCCAAGAAGGCUGCAGAGGGGAAAGAUGAAGAACGCAGGCUGAGGGCAGAGAUGAGGAGGAAUGUGGACGCGGAUUAUUACGGUUUCAAUAGGGAUGAGGAUGAUGGAAUCUUGCUAGCGUACGAGAGGGCGAAGGAGAUGGAGAGUUUUAGGAAUGUGGAAAGAACAGGGGAGGAGGGGGUGCCCGAGGGUUGGACGCCGAUUCCUGAUGGGUGGGUGGCACCUGGAUUGGACGAGGUUACGGAGUUUUUGGUGGAGAGGAGAAAGAGUCGGCUGUUGCAGAGGCUAGGAUAGGUUCUUCCGGAGGAAGGGUUUGGGGGUAUUUUUUUUUUUUUUUUUUUUUAAAAAAAACUACUUGUAGCUUUCUUUCUUCUGUAUGAUUGGGAUUGUGGUAAUAUCACGGGAUGAGCUUGGGUUGGGUUAAUGUUUGUUUUUUCUUCCUUCUCUUUUCCUUUUUUAUCUUGUCACGAUAUGUGGGUAUGCCAAUCAAUUUUUUGACCUAUCAAAAGAAAAGGAAAAA